AUGUUAGCUGAACAUUUCAACCCGCAUGUACGAUAUGGCGCUGCUAUGGCAUUAGGCAUCUCUUGUGCAGGAUCUGGUUAUAAAGAAGCUAUCGCGCUGCUUGAUCCACUGCUGAGCGCCAAAGAAAACUUUGUACGACAAGGUGCUGUCAUUGCUUUAUCGUUUAUCCUGAUCCAGCAGACGGACUCAAUUUGUCCGAAAGUAAAUGAAUUUCGAAGAACACUGACGAAGAUGAUAACGGAGAAAGGUGAAGACUCAAUCACAAAACUGGGUGCAAUCCUUGCUCAAGGUAUUAUCGAUGCUGGUGGUCGUAACGUCACGAUAUCACUUCAUAAUCGUAACGGUCAUCCUGAUAUGCCAAGUGUUGUUGGGACAUUCGUUUUCCUUCAGUACUGGUAUUGGCAUUCCUUAGCACAUUUUUCGUCAUUAGUAUUCAAACCAACCUGUGUGAUCGGUCUUAAUUUGAAUCUCGAAAUGCCAAAAACAGAAUUUCGUUGCAAUGCGAAGCCUUCAACCUUUGCUUAUCCACCUCCUUUGGAGGAGAAGAAAAAAGAAGAAAAUGAAAAGGUGGAAACAGCAGUUCUUUCUGUAACUCACAAGAAGAAACCCUCAGUUCUUGAUCGGUCAAGCGCUAAUGCAGUCAAAGAAGCCAAAGUUAGGGGAGAAAAAUCUGAGAAAGACAAGGAGGAGGAAAUGGAGAUUGACAGUACACCUGCUACAACGGUUUCAGCUGAUUCUGCUGCUGCUGUACCUACCGCAAUUGCUGCAAAUUCGGAACACAAAUUAACUGAACUGAAGAGCAAAGAAUCAGAACCAACCAACUAUGCUCUGCAAAAUCCAGCUCGUAUUGUUCGCCUGCAAUUGAAAACUUUACAAAUGACUGAAAACAGUCGUUAUAAACCGCUGAAAGCACUUUCUCAGGGAGGAAUAAUUAUGCUUCGUGACAAGAAAGCUGGACAAGAGAAGGAAGAAAUUGUGGCAUUAGCGGCAGCUGGGGGAACGCGCAUGGAAGGUAAAGACAAUUCAGAAGAAGCGAAACCACAUACUCCUUUUGAAAUUAAUAUCACCUCAUACUGA